CGGAACCUUGGACGUCGCUGGGGUCCGCUCACCAGACAUCCAGGACCUGCUGGGCAGGCCGACCUGCGGCAUGGAUCCGCAGGUAAAUCUCAGCGUGACCUUCCAGGGUAACACCCAGAAUUUCCUUGUAUCCAAUUCAUCUAAUACCACAUGGGCUGAUGUGGAAGCCAUGGUCAAAGUCUCAUUUGAACUGAAUGAUAUCCAGAUCAAAUACCUAGAUGAGGAUCGUGACGAGGUGUCAGUCAAUACUGCAGAGGAAUAUGAAGAGGCUCUGAAGAUUGCAAUGAAACAAGGCAAUCAGCUCCAGAUGAAGGUCUAUAAAUUAAGGUUUCCUUCAGGAAUGUCUUCACAACUGGUCUUUGGGAAAUCUGAGGAACCGUUUGUUGCAGAAGCUAAAAAGAAGCCCACGAUUGCUCAAACUCUGAUGAAAGACAAAGAUACUGAAAGAGAGAAUAAAAGGCUAAAGAGUGAGCACCUUCUAAGUGAGGUCCCUCCUGAGUGGUUCACAAGCUACUUGGAAAAGUUCCGGGAGCAAGUUGUUCAAGAAACAGUUACAAUGCUUGAACAGAAGCUGAAUGACAAGCUGCUCCUUUCCAACCAGCUUCCAAGCUCCAUGAGCAACUCGAAACACCAGGCUCCUGCAAGUUCCUUGGUGCAAGGCAAUUCCUUUGACUGGCUGCUCUCUUGCAAUAAUUGUCAUACCCCCAUAGUGGGGAUUCGCUACCAGUGCAGUGUUUGCGCAUCCUAUAGCAUCUGUGAAAUGUGUGAGUCAGGAUUAUAUGUCCAUGACCCUAAUCAUGUCUUUCUAAAAUUGCGGAGGCCCACCUUGUGCAUUUCAGAGACAUAUAACCCUGGACAGGUCUCACCUCAUCUUGCCACUCUAGAGCAAGUCAGGCUCCAGAAACAGAUGGACAAGCAUUUCCUGAAAGCAGAAAAGCAGCGUUUACGCGCAGAGAAGAAGCAGCGUAAAGCUGAAGUGCGGGAACUCAAGAAGCAGCUGAAAUUACAUCAAAAGAUUAAUCUGUGGAACUCAGUUCAUGCUCUUGACAACACUGGCUUGACUGCUGCCAAAUCUGAGAGCCUACAAUCCAGUACACUUCUUUCGCUCCAGCGAUGCCCAGUUAUCGUCCCCACACUGAGUGCUGCCUUUGUAGAUGAGAAUUUACCAGAUGGAACUCGCCUCCCACCAAAGACUACCUUCAUGAAGCACUGGCGUAUGAGGAACACAGGCAACAUGGCAUGGAGCUCAGAUACCAAGCUGAAAUUCAUGUGGGGCAACUUAACUCUGGUGUCUUCUGAAAAGAAGGAUGUGAUUGUGCCUUCCCUACUUCCUGGGGAAGUGGGGGUAGUUUCAGUGGAGUUUGAAGCCCCACCAGUGGAAGGAACCUAUACAUCUCACUGGAGGUUAUCACACAGAGGGGAACAAUUUGGGCCCCGGAUCUGGUGCAGUAUUGUGGUUGACCCCUCUUCCUCCAACACAGUUUGUCCUGACAGUGGCAGAUUGCUAUCUAGUUUCUGCCAGAAUAGUAGAUCUCUCUGCGUCGAAGAGGAAAGAGCUUCAGAGUUCAAGGGGGAAGUAAGUUUGGCCAACCAGGUUACUCCAUCAAAGGUGAAAAGCAUCCUCAGUGCUAGAGAGUUCUACAUCCCAUCCCUUGAUCUUCUCACAGCCCAGGAUUUGCUCUCCUUUGAAUUGCUGGACAUUAACAUAGUGCAAGAACUGGAGCAAGUCCCACACAAUACUCCUGUUGAUUCUGCACAAGGGCCAACUCCCUACAGAAGCCAUGAUAGCACUCCCCUGCCGAAAACAGCUGACUUGGAUCAGAAACAGGAAGAGAAUGAGAGAAGUGCAUAUAAAUUACUGCCUGAUGCUCAAGUCAGCAAAGGGAAGACUGAAAAUUCAGGAAACCAAGAAGAAGGAGAGGAAGACAUGAGUGGAACCCAGUUUGUGUGUGAAACAGUCAUUCGUUCCCUCACUCUAGAUGCUGCACCUGACCAUCAGCCCCCACAGAAAAAGAAGUCUUUGCAUAACCCUCUGCAAACACUACCGGAUAUUGUGCACUAUAGCCCAGAGAACAAAGAUUCCAUUAGCCCUGUUUCUACACCAGAGGAAUCAGAAUCCAGGAUACAAGUGCUAGAGAUUACCAAAAAUCCUGAGUUUGAAGAACUCCUGGUGCAAGAUGGUGAAGAAUCAAAGGAAGGGGAAGCUGACAAUGAUACUAAGGAUGAAGUCAGCAGUCAGGCAUCUUCUAUUUCUGAAGAUUAUAUCAUCAUCCUCCCAGAGUGCUUUGACACUAGCCGUCCUCUGGGUGAAUCAAUGUACAGUUCAGCACUCUCUCAGUCAAAUUUGGAGAAUGUGACCAAGGCUCCAGGAGGUCCUGAAGAAGGCCACACACUAGUGCAUGGCAUCAGUGAUAUGUUGACUACCUCUCAGACCCUUGAUGAAGUCCCGCUGAUCCCUCAGAUUGUGGAACCGCAGCCAGCAAGAUUUCAGGCCCUUUCCCAAAAUGAGAGUUCCCAAGAAGCAACUUUUCCCACUAGAGGGGAAGCCCUGUUGGUUCCUGCCCAAAUGAGAGAAGAGUUCCAAAGAGAUGAUCCUGGGCUUUCAUCUCCAGGGACUACAAAUAACACGCCAAUGUAUCCUGAAUCCUCUAGACAGAGCCAGGGAAAUAGCCUUGCUGGUGGCCUGGUGAAAGGGGCCUUAUCAGUGGCUGCUUCAGCCUACAAGGCAUUGUUUUCUGGGCAAGCCUCCAUGGAUCAGGCUCUUUCUGUAACCAGUGAAGAUCAUAUGGUUUCCUUUCUGGCCAACCUACAUGAAAUGGGCUUCUGUGACAGACACCUUAAUCUCCAGCUGUUGCGGAAACACAACUGUGAUAUGGCCCAUGUUGUCACUGAGUUACUGCAACUGAAUCAUGGUGAUUGUUAUGGGAACCAAUACUGAACCGUUUUCACUUGCUCAUUAAAAAACUGAGCAGCAACUGGCACCAGCAGCUUCCAGCUCCCUUCUGUCCUAAGUAGAGCAGAGGUGGCUUGGUUUCUAUUUUUCAGCACAUUAUAGUUCCUUCCAUCUCCAUGAUCCUACAACUCAGGCAUCAGAAUAUCUAUCUUUUAAUUUUAAAAUGCUUUUUUUCAAACUGGUAAAAGCCAGGUUAUAUAUAGGAGAAAAGAAGUGACUGUGCCCCAGAAAUUUGGAGGUGGCCUUAGCAGUUUGGUGCCCACUGUUCACACACUACAAACAAAUGAAGAGCCAGCAGUCUGGGGAAUGAUCAUGCCCAUCUAGUCUUCUCAUACAGGUGAAGUAUCUGGAUGAAGAUCCACCUCCAAAUUCUGUCUUCCCAUAAAGAAGUCGUCUGUUUGUCUUUAGUUCUCUGGUUCAGCACUAAUUUAAUCCCACAUUUAUGUUGUGUGUCUUGCAAGACACUGGCAUUAUCUGAAAACUACGUAUUGUAGUUAAUUCCUUCUUGCUAGGAAUAUUCCAUCAAAACCCCCAAUUCCACUAUUUUCUGCUUAGUUCUUUGGUGAAAAUAUCAUGAAAGGAUCAGUUAGUAGCAGAACUGAAUUGGUUGUUUGAAUAAAAAUACCAGAAUAAUAGAUGUUUAUACUAAAUAACUCUUUAGAGAGAGAUUAUUAAUAAUUACUGCUCAAAGUAUUAAGGGUAGAUGGUCAUGACACAUUUGAGUGUUUUAAAAAUUAUUUUUGUAGACUAAUUUUUUUUUAUCAGCCAGCAGUGUUUCACAGGAGUAAGUACUGCUCUCACAAGCAGUAUUCCUGAUCCUCUCUACCCAGAUGUUGGACCAAUCUGAAGUCAUAAAAAAGCAAUAGUUUAACAACUCUUCAGUUUAACUACAUUACUAAUACUUGAUAGAAAUUUUUGCUUAGUAUAUAAAAUAAAAAAUGACAAAAAUAUGGAUGAGUGAUGCUUUAAGGAAGAUCAUUUUCUCUGUCCCCAUUAAUCAAGACAUAGGAUUCAAGAAUCUGUGGGGAAUUUCUAUCCAAAUCCUCCUGAAGUGAAUAGUGAAAGGAUUUGCAUCCAUUCCUAUAGGGUUUUACCUUUUGACUUGACUCUCAGGUGUUCCUCUGAUUUUUCAUAUAGGAUGAAAGAAAUGGAUGCUGUCUGUUCAUAAAGCAUGCUAACCGUAAUGGGGUGUACACAAGUGUAGCUUUUAUGUGAUUUUGGUAGGAAAUAGUUAAUGAUUGCAGGGGACUGAAAUGGGAAGAGUGAGAAAAGUCUCCUAACAAACAGGCAGAUUUGAAGAGCUGAGGACAAACGUGCUUGUGCUGUUUACUGCUUAUUUUAUAAAAUAUGUAUGGAAACUGAGUAUCUCUGAAUGGAAGCGUUUAGAUCUGCAACUUCCCUUUGGGCUAAUGGGGAAAAUCUUUAGAUUCCUGGGUAGAUCUUCAUGUUUUCUCUUGAAUUACUUUUUUUGGUACCAAUUCAAUCAGCUAACUUAUUGUUAGCCCUGAUGAAGAAAGCUUUCUUCUUAGGUUUCAUAAAAGCUGAAAUUUUCUUCUAUUGACUUUGUAUGUUUUAUGAGAAGUUGCAUGAAUGAUAAUUUAAACAAUACUGAUAUUAAGAUAUUGUAUAUUGCUUAGAUAAAGCACCAUUGAAACGUCUUGGGGUUGAAAAAUAUUAAAAAUGUACAAUAUUA